ACACUUCUCUAUCUACCAAAUAACACAAUUUCCUCUCUAGCCAUUGCUUUUCACACUAUACAUUAAUUCUCUAUUCAUACCUACUACACAUUAUCUCAUUGACUGACUUGUUAUGGCUAUAGAGAUUGAACAACAGCAGCAACAACCUUCUGUUGGUCUAUCAAGAGUUGCAGUCUCUGAUACUCAUGGAGAAGAUUCUCCUUAUUUCGCUGGUUGGAAAGCCUACGACGAAAACCCUUAUCAUGAACUUGAUAACCCAUCUGGGGUUAUACAGAUGGGACUCGCAGAGAAUCAAGUUUCGUUUGAUUUGCUAGAAGAGUACUUGGAAAAGCAUCCAGAGGCAUCAAGUUGCGGAGAAGGAAAGUCCGGGUUUAGAGAAAAUGCUUUGUUUCAAGAUUACCAUGGACUCAAGUCUUUUAGGCAAGCAAUGGCAGGUUUCAUGGAGGAAAUUAGAGGUGGAAGAGCCAAGUUUGAUCCUGAUAGAGUUGUACUAACGGCGGGCGCAACCGCGGCUAAUGAGCUAUUGACCUUCAUUUUAGCAGAUCCUGGUGAUGCUUUGCUUGUUCCAACUCCAUACUAUCCAGGAUUUGACAGAGAUUUAAGGUGGAGAACUGGAGUGAAAAUUGUACCAAUCCAUUGUGACAGUUCAAACAAUUUCCAAAUCACUCCACAAGCAUUAGAAGCUGCAUAUAAACAAGCACAAGCCAUGAACGUCAAGGUUAGAGGAGUACUCAUAACCAACCCUUCCAACCCAUUAGGCGCGACAAUACAACGUUCAGUAUUGGAGGAGAUUCUCAAUUUCGUUACUCGAAAGAACAUCCAUCUAGUCUCCGAUGAGAUCUAUUCGGGUUCCGCCUUCUCAUCGUCGGAAUUCAUAAGCAUUGCAGAGAUACUCGAAUCCCGCGGAUACAAGGAUUGUGAAAGAGUUCACAUUGUCUAUAGUCUGUCCAAAGAUCUCGGCCUUCCGGGUUUUCGAGUUGGUACUAUUUACUCAUACAAUGACAAGGUUGUUACUACAGCUAGAAGGAUGUCUAGUUUCACCUUGAUUUCCUCACAAACACAGCAUCUCUUGGCUUCAAUGCUGUCAAACAAGGAAUUCACAGAGAAUUACGUAAAAGUCAAUAGAGAAAGGUUGAGGAAGAGAUAUGAUAUGAUCAUUGAAGGGUUGAGAAAUGCUGGGAUUGAAUGUUUGAAAGGGAAUGCAGGGUUGUUUUGUUGGAUGAAUUUGAGCCCACUUUUGGAGACAAAUACAAGAGAAGGUGAAUUGAGUCUUUGGAAUGUUAUAUUGAAUCAAGUGAAGUUGAAUAUAUCUCCUGGUUCUUCUUGCCAUUGCUCUGAACCUGGUUGGUUUAGGGUGUGUUUUGCUAACAUGAGUGAGCAGACACUGGAAAUUGCACUAAAGAGAAUACAAGAUUUCACGGAGCAAAGGAAGUUACAGUGAUUGAUUGAUGAUUUUUUGAACAAAAGUAUGGAGAAAUAUCAUUUUGGUUUUUUGAAUUGGCCAAUUUAAGCCAUUUUGAUUGAUUCUUUUGGAUACAAAAAACCCACAUGGAUGAGACUAUAUUUAUAUAUAUAUAUAUAUAUAUAUAUGUAUGUAUACUGUUAAAAUGUAAAAGCAGAUUGAAUUGUUUCGUAACCUAUUAUAUGUUGUUUUCUUGCUUUGACCAAGCAAGUUCCCCUAGAGAUUGAUUCCAAUUUGUAUUAUUGUAAUAUUAAUGGAAGAAGUUUUUGUCCCAA